UCCUCAUUACCUGUAGUGCAUUUACAGCUGCCUACUUACCACUCUGCUUUUGUGCAGGAUUGCAGGUAGUCUCUUUAAUCUACAUUUUCCUUUUCCUUUCAUUCUACUCUCAAAUAGCUUAUCCUAGGCCAGGUAUGGUGGUACACACCUGUAAUCCCAGCUCUCUGGGAGGCUAAGGCAAGAUGGGCAAGUUUGAGCCUAUCCUAGGAAACUUAGCAACUUAGCAAGAGCAUAUCUCAAAAUUAAAAAAAAAAAAUAAGAAGGGUUGGGGAUAUAACAGUGGGAAGGCCCUGGGUUCAAUCCUGGGUACCACAAAAUAAAUAACUUAUCCUGCCACUAUCUUCUUUCCUAGUUUCUUCUGUCCUGUAUUGUGACCAUGUGUUAUGAUAACCCCAAAGGGGGGUGGAUACCAAAUAUGUGAUACAUUUGUUAUGACUUAUUAUUUUGUCGUGCAUUUGUAAUGUUUAUGUGUUCUCUUUUCCGUAGGAUCUUUGCUUCUCAAACCUCAAAUAGGACCUGUUUGUGCACUUUUACAGGUGAUAAAACCAGGACUGAGGAUGAAGAGUAAUCCCAGAAGGAAGAUAUGCCCAAGGACAGACUUAAUGAAGACAUUCCUCAGCAUCCUGAACCCAAAGAUGCUACUGAAAGUGAGAGCAGAUUAGAAUAGAGGAAAAGAAGACAAUAUAAAUGUGAUGAAUGUGGAAAAAGUUUUAGCCAUAGCUCAGACCUUAGUAAACACAGAAGAACUCACACUGGAGAGAAGCCCUAUAAAUGUGAUGAGUGUGGAAAAGCCUUCACUCAACACUCACAUCUUAUUGGGCAUCAUAGGGUCCACAGUGGAGUGAAACCCUAUAAAUGUAAAGAAUGUGGGAAAGAUUUCAGUGGGCUCACAGGCCUUAUUCAGCAUCAGAGAAUCCACACAGGUGAAAAGCCUUAUGAGUGUGAUGAGUGUGGAAGGCCCUUCCGUGUAAGUUCAGCUCUUAUUAGACACCAAAGAAUUCAUAUAGCAAAUAAGCUCUACCAAUGCAGUGGAAGUAACAGAGUUCUCUAGACACACAAGCCUAAUGAGUUGCCAGAGAAUCUGCCUUAGAGACCCAAAGAAUUUCCUUAACAUGGGCAAAGCUUCAGUCAUCAUUAAAAUCUUCUCUGGCACCACAGAAUCUACCUGAGUAAAUUAUCCUUUUAUUUCUAAGUGAGUGGAGUUUUUUGGGAGAGAUCAGUUGUUUCAGAAAGCCUUAUCUACAAUUGUAGCCCAAGACUGAUGCUCCCUGUUCAAAGUGAUUUCUACUUCUGCUCUAGCUCCUUCACACUUGACCAGUCAGUGUAUGGCAAUAAGCAAGACAUUCCAGUUUUUCUCUGCCUUCAUUUCCUCUAAAUGAUAAUAGUUGUGUUUUGGUAAAUUACACAACAAUUAUUUGCAAAUUAAGAACUAAACCAAUAAUUAUUUGUUAUAACCAAUAUUUUACCUUAAACUAAGGGAUGUGAUCAGUUUGGAAAUUUUUUGUUCUUCAAUUGCCAGAGACCUUUGUAGUUAGGUUCCAGUACCCACCUGCUCAGUAUACGACGCAGUCCUGAGAAAAAGAAUACACUAAGAGAACUAAGAAAGAAAACACAGGGCCAGGAUGACCAGUGCAGGUGCAACCAACAAAGGCACUGGACAGACCCAGGCACCUACUUUUAUUGGCAGUCAACUGGGGUAAAGCCAAUGUGUGCUUUCUAUGCAAAUUAAUGUAAACGAGGCUCAGAAAGGACAAGACGAAGCAUUCUCGAAUUAGAAACAGAAUAGACAAUAUAUAUGGUUGUAAUU